AUGUAUGACGAUUACGGGGAGAUCUGUCGCAACCUGUGCACAUGCGAGGAGAAGGAAGGCGUCCUGACCGUGAGCUGCGAGAACCGGGGCAUAAUCCGCCUCACGGAAAUCAGCCCGGUCCAGUACUCCAUGUACCACCUCCUCCUCACGGGGAACCUACUCAAGAAACUCUCCGUCAAUGACUUCAUCAACUACACGGGGGUGACCAUCUUGCACCUGGGGAACAACGACAUAUCCGAGAUCGAGUCCGGAGCCUUCAAUGGACUCCAGGGAUUAAAACGAUUGCACCUGAACAAUAACAAGAUCGAGAUUAUCCGGGAUGACACUUUUGCCGGGUUGGAGAGCUUGGAAUAUCUCCAGAUUGACUAUAAUUACGUCACUAACAUUGACUCUAAUGCACUGAGCAGACUCCAUCAACUCACUGUCAUGAUUUUAAAUGACAACCUGCUCUCCGCCCUUCCCUCUAAUAUAUUCCGGAAUGUGCCAUUGACGCAUCUAGAUUUGAGAGGGAACAGGCUAAAGGUCUUCCCCUACGUGGGAUUGUUGGAGCACAUGGACAAAGUGGUGGAAUUACAGCUUGAAGAAAACCCUUGGAACUGCUCUUGUGAAUUGGUCGCGCUUAAAAACUGGUUGGAAAGCAUUGCGUACACAGCCCUGGUGGGGGAGGUGGUGUGUGAGACCCCGUUCAGAUUGCAUGGCCGGGACUUGGACGAGGUGUCUAAGCAAGAGCUGUGUCCGCGUCGGCCCACGGAAGACACGGUCAGACCUGCGCCCCCUAGCAGCACCAGUGGGUACUACCAGACCACCCCUUCAUCCGCCACCACAUCCGCCACCUCCUCAGCGGUAUUGAGGUCAUCCUCCAAGCCCACCCGGGGCACCAGGCAAUUUAACAGAACUAAAACCAAGCCCACGUCGAGGAUUUCCGGAGGUAACCCUUACAAUUACGGCCCAAUUAUUGCUUUUCAAACCAAAUCUCCCGUGCCUUUGGACUGUCCCACCGACUGCACAUGUAAUCUACAGAUAUCUGAAAUUGGUCUAAAUGUCAACUGCCAAGAGAGGAAGAUUGAGAGCAUUUCUGAUCUCAAACCCAAGCCAUACAAUCCAAAAAAAAUGUAUCUCACUGGAAAUUACAUCCCGGUGGUGCGGAGAUCUGAUUUUAUCGAAGCCACUGGAUUGGAUUUGCUCCACCUGGGAAACAACAGGAUAACAGUGAUCCACGACAGGGCUUUUGGGGAUUUAAUCAACCUGCGUAGGCUGUAUUUGAACGGUAAUCUCAUGGACAGGCUUACUGGAGAAAUGUUCUAUGGUUUGCAAAAUCUCCAGUACCUUUAUUUAGAGUACAACAAAAUCCGAGAGGUGGAGGCCGCUACGUUCCGGUACCUCCCCAAUCUGCAGCUGCUCUUUUUGAACAACAACCUACUCAAGACGUUACCCGUGGGUAUAUUCUCCAGCCUGUCCCUGUCCAGGCUCAAUCUACGCAACAACAACUUCCAAAACUUGCCCGUGAGUGGAGUUUUGGACCAGCUCAAGGUCCUGCUGCAAAUUGAUCUGUUUGAAAACCCGUGGGAAUGCUCUUGCGAUAUUGUCGGGAUGAAGAUAUGGCUUGAGCAGCUAAACGCGGGCACUAUGGUCAACGAGGUUAUAUGCGAAAGCCCCAAACGCCACGCAGGAAUCGAGUUGCGUUCUAUCGAAUCGGACCAGCUCUGCCCGGACUAUGCGGACUCGUACGUCUCUCCGACUCUGCCGACGGAAGAACCGAUGGAUGACCACGUUGUCACAACAGAAACUCCACCAAAAAUCACGUCCCCGAGUAGCACCGUCCCUCUCUCCGUCCUCAUUCUCAGCCUCUUGCUAGUUUUCAUCAUGUCCGUUUUUGUAGCUGCCGGACUUUUCGUAGUGGUCAUGAAACGUCGCAAAAAGUCCCAAAGCGAUCGCACUAGCACCAACAACUCUGACGUGAGCUCUUUUAACUUGCAGUACAGUCUCUAUAGCAACCGAUCCGGAAACAAAGUCAAAGCUCCCGCCGGCCACGUCUACGAGUACAUCCCUCAUCCGAUGGGCCACAUGUGUAAAAAUCCCAUUUAUAGAUCACGAGAGGGGAACACUGUGGAGGACUAUAGGGACCUGCACGAGCUCAAAGUGACUUAUCGGAGUACCCCUGAGGAGGACCGGGAGAGCAGUACCAUGAGGAGCCCUGCGUACAGCGUCAGCACUAUCGAACCGCGGGACAACCCCUCCCCCGUCCCGGAUGCCGACCACUUCUUCAGAGGCAUCCUGGAGUCGGACAAGCAAUCCCCCUGCCAAUCCAUCAACUCAUUGCCACCGGGGGCUAACUUAGAGUACAAGUACACGGGGCCGGUCUCGUACACAUACAACCCCAACUUCGAUGUCAGACGCCAGUUUCUGCACCCGGACAGGAUAAGAGAGACGGUACUCUACGGCACGGCGCCCAGUACUGUCUAUGUUGAGCCCAAUAGGAACGAGUAUUUGGAGCUAAAAGCAAAGCUGCAGUCUGAGCCCGAUUACCUGGAAGUCCUGGAGAAACAGACCACUUUCAGCCAGUUCUGA